AAAGGGGAAAUUCGUAGAGUUUUGUAGAAAUACAUGAUUAAAAUCAAUUAAAAUAUGAAUCGCGGACAAGUUUUAAGAGACUAUGAAUUAUCACAGGAUACUGUAGAGAAAUUAAAAGUAAUUAAGGAAAAACUAAAAGAAAAUAUAAUGCAGGCCGAUCCAAUAUGGAAUAUUAUAGUACAAAAGGAGGAACAAGAAGUAUUCCUAAGCGAAGAAGAUAUCACAGAUGAGAGUGACAAAGAUGACAACAUGUCACCCAUGAUAUCAGAUGAUGCUAAGCUUCAAUCUACUCAAUUUUAUUUUACACAAGUUGACAUUAAGUUAGACAAAGAUGUUAAGGAGGCAUCAAUACAAAAGUUUGAUAUCAUAGAAUAUCUAUAUGAAGGAUUAGAGCGAUCAAAUGGAAAAUUAGAUUUAAAUCAGUUAGAAAACUUAGCAGAUGAAGAACUUGUGGAAGUAGUUUGUAACUUAGAGAAAAAAUUAAGCAUAUUGGGUACCUAUAAUCUUUGUUGUUCUAUGAAUAAUAUGACUUUGGAACAACGAAUGAAAUAUAUAGAAAUUUGUCUUACUCACUUGUUAUUACCAAAGAUAAUUACCCUGGAAGAACCAUCAAGGCUACUAUUAUCUGCUAUCACAGAGUGUGUUCAGAAAUUUCCAGAUGAUAUUCAAAAAUUCAUUUUUAUCCCUUUAUUAAAUAUUGAUUUAAAAGAUGUAACAAGUGUCACUGCUAUAGCAAAUGCAUUUGAAUCUGAAAGAAACAUUGUCCUUAUUACGGAAUAUUUAUCAUAUGCACAGGAACUCAAGUCCUGGCAUCUUCCCAUUCUACACAAUUUGACAUCUGUUAAAACAGAUAUUGUUACAAAUGAUAAACUUAUACAACUUUUGUCAAUGAAAGCACUUGACUUUGCCAAGGACAAAAAUUUCGGAAAACUUAUACUAUCGUUAAUUAAAGUAAAUACAAAUUUUACAGACCAACAAAAGGAUCUAUUAUGGGAAAUAGCCAAUAUAAAUCAAACAUUAUUCAAGAGACCCAUACAAAAUAUUUUGAAAACUUUGUAAUUUGUGCAUGUGUGUAUAUUUUCAAUAAAGUUUGUAUUUUGAUAAUCGUGGAAUACUUUUUUUCUUUUUUUAACACCUGAAUCACAUACAGUAUAU